AUGUACCUCUUUGUUCUCCUCUCCCAGGCAUCUGUUUUCCAUUGCCAGUGUUUCCUACACCACCAUGAUGGAUUCUAACCACAACCAGUGCAUCAUUAUCAGUGGGGAGAGCGGAUCAGGGAAGACUGAAGCCACUAAAAUGGUCCUGCGUUACCUGACAGCUAUACAUCACAAACGCAACAUUACACAGCAGAUUGAGAUCCUGGAGGCCACGCCCCUGUUGGAAUCCUUUGGGAACGCCAAAACGGUCCGGAAUGACAACUCUAGCCGCUUCGGGAAAUAUGUGGAGAUAUUUCUGGAGGAGGGUGUGAUCAGCGGUGCCAUAACGUCUCAGUAUCUGCUGGAGAAGUCCCGCAUCGUCUUUCAGGGCAAAUCAGAGAGAAACUACCAUAUCUUCUAUGAGAUGCUGUCUGGUCUGGAGCCUCAACAAAAACGCUCUCUUUACCUGCAAGAGGCGGAGACAUACUUUUACCUCAACCAGGGUGGUGACUGUGUGAUAGAGGGGAAGGACGACGGGUCAGAUUUCAGGCGUGUGCAGAGUGCCAUGGACAUCCUGUGUUUCAGUCCUGAUGAGCAGAACGCCAUCUAUAGGCUACUGUCCUCCGUACUACACCUGGGGAAUGUAUACUUCCAGCCAUACCAGGCUGAAGGCCAGGAGGUGGCGACGGUGGUCAGUGAUCAGGAGAUCAGAGUGGUAGCUGAGCUGCUCCAGAUCUCUCCUGAGGGACUCAAGAAGGCCAUCACACACAAAGUCACGGAUACCGUCCGGGAGAAGAUCUACACCCCUCUGACAGUGGAGAGUGCUGUGGAUGCCAGAGACGCAGUUGCAAAGAUCCUGUACUCGCUGCUGUUUCAUUGGCUGACCGAGAAGAUAAAUGGGCGGGUCUAUCCUCGCAACGAGGCUCUGUCCAUCUCUAUACUGGACAUAUACGGCUUCGAGGAUCUGUUAUUCAACAGUUUUGAGCAGCUGUGUAUCAACUAUGCCAACGAGACCCUGCAGUUCUACUUCAACAGGAUCAUUUUCAGGGAAGAGCAGGAGGAGUACAUCCGGGAGCAGAUCAGCUGGCAAGAGCUUCCCUUCGGCGACAACCAGGCCGUCAUCAACCUCAUCGCCGCUAAGCCCCAUGGGAUACUGAGGAUCCUGGACGACCAGUGCGGCUUCCCUCAGGCGACAGACCACACCUUCCUCCAGAAGUGCAACUAUCACCACGGUAACAGCGAUCUGUAUGCCCGGCCAAAGAUGCCCCUCCCAGAGUUCACAGUGAAACACUACGCUGGGAAAGUCACCUACCAAGUACAUAAGUUCCUCCAUAAAAACUUUGACCUGGUGCGUCAGGAUGUUCUGGAGCUGUUCAGUGGGAGUAAAAACCGCAUGGUGUCCAACCUGUUCCUCAAACACAGCGAGGGUCUGGCGUCUGAGCAGCGUUCCGCCGCCAGGAGGGGCUCCACCGCCCGCCGCCUCACCGGCAACACCGUCAGCGCCAAGUUCCAGAGCAGUCUGCAGGACCUGGUGGAGAAGAUGGAGAGAUGUAACCCUUACUUUGUACGCUGCAUCAAACCAAACCAACACAAGGAGCCGGGCCAGUUUGAUUUGGAGCUGGUGAAGACUCAGCUACGUUACUCUGGUAUCCUGGAGACCAUACGCAUCAGGAAGGAGGGAUACCCAAUCAGAAUACCCUUCUACCAAUUCCUCAACAGGUACAAGGCGUUGCUGUGUCUAAAGGAGGUACCUCCAGCGGACGGGGAGACCUGUGUUGAGAUGAUCCAUAAACUCUGUCCUGUUAAACCUGGAACAUACCAAGUAGGAGUUACCAAGAUGUUCCUGAAGGAGCAGCUGUACCAGCUGUUGGAGUGGAAGCGUGAUCUGGUGUUCCACGUGGCUGCCGUGACGAUGCAGCGUUACACACGGCUCUACUUCAUCAGGAAGAAACGGAACAAGUUCCGAAGCACCAUGAUUCAACUACAGAGCUGCUGUAGAGGACACCUGGCCAGGAAGAGGUUUGCUCUGAAGAGGAAGUACCUCAUCAAGUUCCGUUCCAUCGUGUUGCUCUACAUCAACCGUCGAAGCUAUAUGAAGGCGGAGAUCGAGCCAAUCAGGAGAGCUGAGGAGGAGUUUAGGAGGAUAGAGGAGGAGAGGGCGAACAGAGAGGUGGUGAACGUUACAACUCUGCCCAUCCCUGCUGAGCUGGGGUUUCUGCUGCAGGCUACCGCAGGUGGCAGGGAGCUCCACUCUGAGUGUCUAGCUCUGGUCCAGGCCCCAAAGGUCCAGGUGGAUCCUCAGCUGACUCUGCCGCUGGACAUCAACAACUACCUCAUCACUCACUACAUACGCACCAUCUUCAGGGAAGCCUUGUUCGGGAUGUUGUUUGUUCCGCUGGACCGCUCUCUGACCCGAGUGGACGAGGAACUGAAUCAGCCAGCGGUGGACGUCUUCAUGCUGAUCCUGAGGUUCAUGGGGGACCCCGACCUGAACGGAGCUCAGGAGAACCUGUUUGGGAACUACAUCAUCCAGAAAGGACUGGCCAAUAGGGGCCUCCGAGAUGAGAUCCUGGCGCAGGUAGCCAAUCAGGUGUGGCGAAACGUCAACCCUCAGAACUCAGAACGCGGUUGGCUCCUCCUCUCCGCCUGUCUCUCCUCCUUUCCUCCCUCGCAGCGGCUGGAAAAGUACCUGCUCAAGUUUGUCUCCGACUACGGUUCAGGAGGAUAUGACUGUUUGUGUCAACACCGUCUACUCCAGGCCAUGCAGAGGACUUCAGUGGGUUACCACGGCGCCCGGACCUACCCGCCCUGUCUGCUGGAGUGGACCGCCAACCGCAAGAGAGCUCACACCGUACUACAGAUACACUGUUACAACGGUGUGUCCUUCCUGUGUCCACUACACUCAUGGACCACUGGAGAGGUCCUGGCCAGAGACGUCUUACAACACAUGGGUGUGUCUGAGGGUGGGCGGGGCUGGUCUGUGUUGCUACGGGAACCGUCCCAGUGGGUGGAGCUGGAGGGCAGUGACUACGUGUUUGACCUGAUCUCAGACCUGGAGUUGCCAGCUGACUUCUCCAAGCAGAAUAACUACUUCAUCAUAUCAGCACAGGACCCCAGCAGGGCUAACGCUAGCAGUAGCCUGUUGGGCAGUGGGUUUGGACCAGAUGAAGGCCACUCCAGACCCUCCGCCAUGCACACCACCAGCAGACACAGCUCUGGGGGGCUCUACGGACAAGAGCCCCAGAGAGGGAUGGACUGUUACCUUGAUAGUCUGUUUGACCCUGUUCUCUCAGACGGCACUGUGGACCUGGAGCAUCCAUCUGGUCUCUCCAACAGGAUGCGGGGGGGUGGGGGUGUCGGAGGGGGGAGAUGGGACACCCAGCCGGGCUCCAGUACCCCUUACUCCACCCAGCCACCCCCUGGAGCGGUGAGGGUUCUGCCGAUGUUGCCGGUGGUCCCGGUGGCUCCGGUGGUCCCGGUGGCUCCGGUGGUCCCGGUGGUCCCGGUGGCUCCGGUGGCUUCUGUAGUAGAUCAACAGCAUGCUGUCAUGGCCCAGCAGCAACAUGCCAUCAUGAACCAACAGGCCAUCAUUAUGGCCCAGCAGAUGACAAUGCAGGCCAUGGCUUUAGUAACCUCCCCCAUGACCUCGCCUCCCACCUCCCCCCUCACCUCACCCCCCAUGAGCCCCCUCCUCCCCCACUGCCUUCCCCCUAGCCCCUACACACACUUCCCCCCAAGCCCGUACGCUAGCAUCACUACUAGCUCUUAUGCCACUUCCAGUCCAGCCAGCCCGUAUGCAGUCAUGCCUCCCAGUCCCUAUGCUGCUGCCCCUCCCACCUCCAGUACAGCCAGCUUCCCUGACCUCUAUCCUGCCCCCCAGAGCCAGACCCCUAGACCCAACUCCACUACCCAGCCUGCCCCUGUCUACCCUGGGGCUAGCCAAUCCACCAGUCCUGACAUACAGCCAUAUCAAGCCAGCCUCCAUGACCCCUAUCCUGCUGCCCAGUCGGCAGGUAAAGACGGGGUUCCUCAUCAGAAGUCUCCAGCCGUCCCCAUCAACAAGGAACCUGCCAGGAAGUUUGCCCCGGUGGUGACCAGUCCUGCGCCCCCUGCUGCUGAGGUGGUGAAGUCAUCAGUAUUGCCUCAGCUAGACAUCGUCCCCAGCAGUAACAUCAAGGAUAUCAUCAGACAGUAUGACUCUCCUCCGCCCCUGACUGAUGCCCUACCGCCCGGCAAGAGGAGACCGGAGGGGAAGUUUAUGAAGAUACAGAAUCCUCGUGAUGAAGCUCUACAGAUCCUCAAACCUCAGAUGGACAACCCACCACCACCCCAGCCCAAGCGUCCGUUAGGCCCAAGCCCCUCUGCGACGGCUCUAAAGGAAGCAGGGAUGAACCCCACCAAGAGGUCCAAGAGGAGGGCCCCUGAACGUCCUGAACCACUCCCUCUACCAGUAUCGCGGGAGCUGCCAGUGGAGGCGGAGACUAUUCAGACCCAGCUCCAUCGCAGCACAACACAAGAACACUACACCUACAGCAACGUACCCUGGAAGAUCUACCUCAGGAAGGAGGUGUUCUACCCUAAAGACAGCUUCAACCACCCCCUGGUGUUGGACCUCAUAUUCAAACAGAUAGUGAAUGACACUCUGUCUCAGGCAUGUGUUAGAAUCUCCAAUCAGGAGAGGAUGAAGAUGAAGUCACUGUUUGAGAAACAUGGCGUAGAGCACAACAUGGCGACGGUGGACGAGGCGGUGAAGACGGAGGUUGUCACAACAGCCAAGGAAUCCUGGGAUAUCUAUUUCUCAUGCCUAUUUCCUGCCUCUGGUAGCGCAGGUACAGGUGUACAGGUGUUGUCUGUGUCACACACCGGGAUAAAGCUCCUGAAGACAGUGAAGAGCAGCACUACAGAGUCCGACUACUUCAGAGUCCUAAGACAUUACACCUACGCGGACAUCCUUUUUUUGACCGUACCGUCAGAGAACAUGCUGGAGUUUAAUCUGACCAAUGAGAAGCUGAUUCUGUUCUCAGCCAAGGCUCCACAGGUCAAACACAUGGUGGACGUCUUUAUCACUGAGAUCAAGAAGGACUCUGAGUAUGUGGUAGCAGAGCGUAACUUUGUGACAGACGAGCGUCCUCUGCUCACUUUCCAUAAAGGUGACAUCAUCAGGCUGCAGGUCACGGAAGGACUGGAAAAGGGGUACAGCUACGGCUCUGUUGUGAGGAAGAAGGUGGUGUUUCUUGAGGAGAUGAAGAGAGACACGCCAGACUUUGGCUGGAAGUUCGGAGGGGUGUUUGGUCGUGCAGGGGCGUUCCCGACAGAUUGUGUCCGUCCCGUCGCCGCUCCUGACUUCCUGUCCCUACCGGCCAACCGCAGGGCGGAGCUUAAAGGAGGAGCAGGGCGGGUUGCCGUGACAUCAGCUAUGGCUGUGGCCGUGGCGUCCAGCGCGGCCGCUCACGAGAUAGAUCCCACCCUGGAGGAGGGGGGUGAUGAGGUCCUAGACAUCGAUGAGAACGUUCUGCAGGACACGCAGUACGAUAUGGUGGAGUUCGCAAAGAAAUACUACAGACAACCAGCUGCAAAGGGUGCCUCUGUGAAGUCCAAGAAGCCCAAAGACACCAGAGAUCCCUUUGAAAUGGUCAGGUUCUCCAAGUCUCCACUGUCUGAAUCUCUGAUAGAGUUCACUGACCCUGCUAUGAACAGAGUGGCUACAGACAUCUUCCUAUCGGUGAUGCGUUUCAUGGGAGACCACCCCCUGAAGGGACUGACAGAACAAGAAGUAGUCAACGCCUUCCUGAAGCUGAUUGGACAGUUUGGUCUGAUGAAGGAUGAAGCCUACUGUCAAAUCCUCAAACAGAUUACAGGAAACACCAGCUCUAAACCGGACAGUUGUCAGCGUGGCUGGAGGUUGCUUUACAUCCUGACUGCAUUCCAUCGCUGCUCUGAGGUCCUGAAGCCCUUCCUGUUAAAGUUCCUACAUGACGCGUGCCACAACCAGGGAGUACUGUUUCAGGGCAUAGCAAAGGCUUGUGAGCAGAACCUGAGGAAGACCUAUCUGUAUGGAGGACGCAUCAUUCCUCCUAGCAGCAUGGAACUCAAAGCUACGGUGGCAGGGAGGAGCUCCAAGAGACAACUGUUCCUGUUCCCAGGAGGCAUCGAACGGCACCUGAAAAUCAAGACGUGCUCUGUGGCGCUAGAUGUGAUAGAGGAGCUGUGUUACGAGAUGGGUCUACACAGACUAGAGGCCAUUGAUGAGUACGCUGUCUUCCUGGUCACGAAAAGAGGUCAGAAUGUCCGUCCCCUCAAUAAGAGGGAGUACAUCCUGGACAUUGCGACGGAGGCGGAGCCAGUGGACAGUAACUACAGUCUGUGGUUCAGGAGGGUCAUCUGGACUCAGCCGCUUAAAUUUGACAACGAGCUCUGUGUCACCAUGCAUUAUAACCAGGUGCUUCCAGACUACCGUAAGGGCUUGAUGAACAUCCUGCCCAGAGGUAAAGUCUCUGAGCAGCACUUCCUCCAGAUCUCUAAACUAUCGGCUCUACAACACAGAGCCAAGGACGUCACGUUCAUACCCAGCAUCCAUGAGUUAUCAGAGUACAUCCCCCCCCUUCUUUUUGGGAAGCAGCCCCCCCAGGCAUGGGUCACCAUGGUAACGCAGCACAUGCAGCAGGUCCAGACCCUCAACCCGCACCAGGCCAAAGCUCAGUUCCUGGGUCUGGUCAGUGCGUUCCCCAUGUUUGGCUCCUCCUUCUUCUACGUCCAGUCUAGCAGCAGUGGCUCCAUCUACACUCCCUGUAUCUUGGCUGUCAAUCAAAAUGGACUGCACUUUCUAAACAAGGACACUCACGAGCUGCAGACAGUGGUCCCUCUGGCGGAGGUGCAGUCCACCCGCACCCAGAGACCCUCGGCAGGGACCAGCUACCCCUACGUAGACCUCACUCUGGGAGAUCUGACCUCUCACAGGGUCACACAGAUACAGCUGAAACAGGGUCUGGAGCUGUGUCGGGUCAUUGCCAUGCACGUGGAGAGCAUGCUGUCUCUCAGGGAGAAGAGACUCACCCUGCCGCCCAGCGAGGUCACUGUGUUAUAAGACACUGUCUGUCUGUCUGUCAGGGAGUAGAGACUCACCCUGCCACCCAGCGAGGUCACUGUGUUAUAAGACACUGUCUGUCUGUCUCUCAGGGAGUAGAGACUCACCCUGCCACCCAGC